CACCCUUUGUAAGAACAAUAAUAAAAUUCACUUUCAAAUGGGGUGACCAUUUAAUGCACAACUCAACUCCUUUCCACUCCGGGAAUCAAGCUGAGAAGCUCCCAUUCUCUGCUUUCUCAGCCAUUCCACCCAAAAUGGCCAAAAGGGUCUCUCCAAUGCCUAUUCUUCUUCUCAUUGCAGCUCUAAUAGCUGCUUCUCGUUCUGUAUCUGAAGCUGCAGCUGACCCAAAAGCCUCUUUCGAAGAGAAUUUCGAUAUAAUGUGGUCUGAGGACCAUUUCACAACCUCAACAGAUGGGCAAAUCUGGCAUCUAUCACUAGACAAAGAAACAGGUUGUGGGUUCCAAACAAAACAGAAGUACAGAUUCGGAUGGUUCAGUAUGAAGUUAAAGUUAGUCGGAGGUGACUCUGCCGGUGUAGUUACGGCUUACUAUAUGUGUACAGAAAAUGGAGCAGGGCCAGAGAGAGAUGAAGUAGAUUUUGAGUUUUUGGGAAACAGAACUGGGCAGCCAUAUCUCAUUCAAACAAAUAUUUACAAAAAUGGAACUGGGGGACGAGAGAUGAGGCACGUGCUUUGGUUUGACCCUACUGAGGAGUUCCAUACUUAUUCAGUCCUUUGGAACAGCCACCAGAUCGUGUUCUUUGUGGAUAAAAUUGCUGUGAGAGUGUUCAAGAACAAUGGGAAAGAGAACAACUUUUUCCCAGAUUCGAAGCCCAUGUACUUGUUCUCGAGCAUAUGGAACGCGGACGAUUGGGCUACAAGAGGUGGGCUUGAGAAAACAGACUGGAAGAAGGCACCAUUCGUGUCGUCUUAUAAGGAAUUCAACGUAGAUGCAUGCCAGUGGGAGGACCCAUACCCGGCUUGUGUGUCCACCACCACCAAAAAUUGGUGGGACCAAUACGAAGCUUGGCACCUAUCCGAUUCACAAAAACUUGACUAUGCUUGGGUCCAGAGGAACCUUGUUAUUUAUGAUUAUUGCAAAGAUACCGAUCGUUACCCAACUUUCCCUGAGGAAUGCUCUUUGAGUCCUUGGGAUUGAUCCAUUCGUCCUCAUUUUUUUUUUUUUUUUGGGUCUACAUCUAAAUUUUGUACUCCUUAUUUGAGUCAUGUUAUUAUAUUUAUUUAAUUAAUUUUUGUUCA